UGCUUCAUCGUGCUGCACAAAUCAUCUGCAUUUCGAAAUAUUUUGCAAUAAAAGCCACAAAUUUUCGUUUUAUUUAGCCAUUUUAACUAUGGCGUCUAUUGCUAAACCUGGAUCAAGCGGCUCCAAUGCCAGCAGUACAACAGCAUCCACGUCGACACCUGCCCCUCCAAGUAACAUACAGGAAUUCAAUAUUCGUGUGCCUAAAAAUUUGCGAAAGAAGCAUCAUGUUAUGCGUUUUAAUGCCACAUUGAACGUCGACUUUGCGCAAUGGCGGGGCGUUAAAAUGGAACGUGAAAAUAAUAUGAAGGAAUUUCGUGGUAUGGAGGAAGAUACUCCAAAAUUUGGAGCAGGAUCCGAAUAUAAUCGCGAUCUUCGCGAAGAAGUACGAAGAAAAAAAUUCGGAAUAAUUGCCAAAAAAUAUAGACCCGAAGCGCAACCUUGGAUUUUAAAAGUCGGUGGCAAAAGUGGUAAAAAAUUUAAAGGAAUUCGUGAGGGUGGUGUCAGUGAAAAUGCAGCAUUCUAUGUGUUCACUCAUGCUCCAGAUGGUGCAAUAGAAGCAUAUCCAUUGAAUGAAUGGUAUAAUUUUCAACCGAUACAGCGUUAUAAAUCUCUAUCCGCUGAAGAAGCAGAACAGGAAUUUGGACGAAGAAAGAAAGUUAUGAAUUAUUUUUCGCUUAUGUUGCGUAAGCGUUUGAAGGGCGACGAGGAAGAAGAACAGGAUCCAGAGGAAGUGAAAAUUAAAGGAGCAGCCAAGAAACCGAAAGAAUUGAAGAUCAGUGAAAUGGAUGAAUGGAUUGAUUCUGAUGAAGAGUCUGACUCGGAUGAAGAUGAAGAGAAGAAGAAGAAAGAAGAAGAUAGCGAUGAGGACGGUGGCAAGAAAAAGGGGAAAAAAGGUCUGCAGAAGAAGCCAAAGAAAAAACGUGACGUAGAUGACGAAGCCUUUGAGGAAUCAGAUGAUGGUGAUGAGGAAGGACGAGAAAUGGACUAUGAUACGGAGUCUAGCGAAGAUGAGCCAGAUCCAGAGUCUAAAUUGGACAAGGAUAUGAAAUCGGUAGCUGAGGAGGAUGCCCUACGCAAAUUGCUGACAUCGGAUGAAGAAGACGAAGAAGAGGAGAAGAAAUCGGAUGAAUCUGAUAAGGAAAAGGAUAAAACUAAAGAAGAAGGAAGUAGCAAAGAAAAAAAGAAAACAAAGAAAGUCUCGAAAGACGAAAAGAAAGAAUCAUCCAGUGAUUUUAGUUCAGAUAGUAGCGACUCUGAAGAUGAAAGUAACAGUAGCAAGAAAAAGGCAAAGGAGACGCCAAAUAUCAAGAAUACAGUUAACAAUAAUUCACGUUCUGCAACACCAACUGGAACAUCGCCUAAUAGCGCAACUAAACGGAAAGUCAACAAUAGCAUGCCUAGUGAUCUUACAGCUUCGGAGAACAGCAACAGCCCUGUAAGCACACCUGCGAAGCGUACGAAAACAGAUACUACACCCAUAGUGCCAUCAACAUUCGCCGGUGUAGUAAAUGCUAACAAUAAAGAUGAUUACGGUAUAACUGAAGAAGCUGUUCGUCGUUAUUUAAUGCGCAAACCCAUGACACCGACAGAGCUCUUGACGAAGUUUAAAAAUAAAAAGACUGGUGUCUCCAGCGAUCGUCUUGUCGAAACAAUGACCCAAAUCCUAAAGAAGAUCAAUCCUGUUAAACAAACUAUUCAAAACAAGAUGUACUUGAGCAUCAAGCCAACAAAGUGAUUGAAGUGUGCAACGAUCGUGGUUUGAUAAAGCAUGCCGUAAAAUUGUAUAGUUAAGAAUGUGCAACAUAUUAGCUGUUAAACUAUUUAGUUGUUUUAUGCUGUGUUAAUCAGUAAACAAUGCUAAAUAAAAUAGUUUUUUUAAGAAAA